CUUUGCUCAGUGUCUCAGACAAAAGUGGACUGGUGGAUUUUGCCAAACGCUUGGCUUCGUUUGGCCUUUCUUUGGUGGCUUCUGGAGGAACAGCCAAAGCUCUCCGGGAUGCUGGUCUUGCUGUCAGGGACGUGUCUGAGAUUACCGGGUUUCCUGAGAUGCUCGGAGGACGAGUGAAAACUCUGCAUCCCAUUGUACAUGGAGGUAUUCUGGCACAAAAUGUUGCAGAAGACCGAUCUGAUAUUGAAAAACUUGGCUUCAGCUUAAUAAGAGUUGUGGUUUGUAACUUGUACCCUUUCGUGGAAACAGUGUCUGGUUCAAAUGUCACCGUGGCUGAGGCAGUGGAAAAGAUUGAUAUCGGUGGAGUGACACUGCUGCGUGCUGCAGCUAAGAACCAUAUGCGAGUGACCGUAGUGUGCGAUCCUCAAGACUACUCCUUGGUCGCUGGAGAAAUGGAGAAAUCUGAGGCAAAGGACACUUCGGUGGAAACCAGGAAGUCCCUGGCGUUGAAGGCUUUCACUCACACAGCACAAUAUGAUAGGGCCAUUUCAGACUACUUCAGGAAGGAAUACAGCCAGGGAGAGUCCCAGCUUCCUCUGAGAUAUGGAAUGAAUCCUCACCAGGCUCCUGCACAGAUCUACACCAUGAGACCCAAACUCCCAAUUAAAGUUUUGAACGGCUCCCCUGGAUUCAUCAACCUCUGUGAUGCGUUGAAUGCCUGGCAGCUUGUGAAAGAACUGAAGGGUGCUCUGGGCCUUCCUGCCGCUGCUUCCUUCAAGCACGUUAGCCCUGCUGGUGCUGCUGUUGGUGUACCACUGACUGAGGACGAAGCCAUGGUCUGCAUGGUGCAUGACAAAUUCAGUGAUCUCACACCCCUGGCUAUAGCAUACGCAAGAGCCAGAGGUGCUGACAGGAUGUCUUCUUUUGGUGACUUCAUCGCUAUCUCUGAUAGCUGUGAUGUUCAGACUGCCAAGAUCAUCUCCAGAGAGGUGUCUGAUGGAAUUAUUGCUCCUGGGUACGACGAGGAAGCCUUGGAAAUCCUGUCCAAAAAGAAAAGUGGCAGCUAUUGUGUCUUGCAGAUGGAUCCGGAAUAUGAACCAGACAAGCUUGAAAUGCGGACUAUUUUCGGAUUACACUUGAUGCAGAAGAGGAAUGAUGCGAUGAUUGAUCGCUCGUUCUUUGAAAACGUAGUCACCAAGUCAAAGGAUCUUCCCGAGUCUGCCAUUCGGGACCUUAUUGUAGCCAGCAUUGCUGUUAAAUACACACAGUCCAACUCAGUGUGUUACGCAAAGGAUGGACAGGUGGUUGGCAUUGGUGCCGGCCAACAGUCCCGUAUCCACUGCACCAGACUCGCCGGGGACAAGGCCAACCACUGGUGGCUUCGACACCAUCCAAAGGUGCUGUCCAUGAAGUUCAAACCAGGCACCAAACGAGCAGAGAUUUCAAACGCUAUCGAUCAAUAUGUCGGUGGGCCGAUGGAGGAGGAGGACUUUGCCAAAUGGCAGCAAAUGUUUGUGGAGGUGCCAGAGCUCCUCUCGGAUACCGAGCGGAAGAACUGGAUUUCCCAGCUGAAGGCAGUUGCUUUGAGCUCAGAUGCUUUCUUCCCAUUCCGUGAUAAUGUGGACCGAGCCAAGAAGAGUGGAGUAGAAUUCAUUGCAGCACCUCCUGGAUCAGUCGCCGACCAAAUAGUGGCAGAGGCGUGUGAGGAAUUGGGUAUUACUCUGGUUCAUACCAAAAAACGGCUCUUCCAUCACUGAGAGCGAGCGACUGAGCACAUGUUACUUACAAAGCGGACGCACUAUUGAUGUCGAUCGAUAUGGUUACAAUUGUACUUACAAGACACUUGUGUUUGUCGCAUUCCCAUGACUUGGUCUUUUCCAUCUAAAAGUGUUUUUUUGUUUGAAAAACAGGCUAAAUCCCUUUAAAAAUAAAAGUUAACACAGCAA